AUGGCCCAUUCUGCCUCGACAAUUCUAGACGAUAUUAUCGAUGAGCUCAAACUUAGCUACGACUCGUCCAUUGGAGUGCUAGAGGGGCCCUCCAUCGGAAAGGUUCCCAGCAGAAACAUACUAUUGAAUUUGGAGAAACUUCUAACAAAACUUUCCAACGAACUAGAUGUGGUUUCGGAUGCCGAUUCCAUGGCAAUUAUAGCCAUCAACAAAGCUCUUAAUAUCGACGGCCCAGAGCCCGAACCAGAAGCUGAAGGUACCAGCGGUGUCAAGCACGACUUAUCCGACGACAGUGAAAACGAACCCCUCGCAAAACGUAGACAACUUCCUCGCGACGAACCAGAGAAAGUGGACGGAGAUCAGAACCUCAACUCCAAAGACGACGACGUUCCGCCGGUCCAGAACGGCUCUUAUACACAAGAGAAUGACACACGAUUAAAAAACCCCAAAUCCGAGUUCAUAUCACUGCAGACUCUCCCAGCGAAAGCCAUCAAUGAGCUUGGUCUUUUCUCUGAAGAGUCAAACGGCUUGGAAACCCAAGGAAAGGAAUACCUCAAGAAAAAGUAUGGUGUGAGCUCUUACCCCGAAAAGGAUCUUCUUGACUUGCUUCCUGGAGAAAUACCGGACAUAGACUUUUCGAAGAACAAACCUCCGUCAAAUCAAGUACAAUUCACCACCUUCCAAUCAUAUAUCGAGUCUUUUUUCCGUCAGUUUGUACCCGAGGAUAUCAACUUUCUUAACCAGAAGCAUAUAAUGCCUCCUGACUUUGACUUUUCCAACUACGAUCCGGAAGUCACCCCAUUUUUAAUUCCUCGCUUAGGCGACUUCUAUGCUGAUGUAUGGGCAGAGGAAGAUGCUACGUUGGGCGCGAAGCUUAAUUCACCAGCACUUCAGCACAGUCAACAUCCCGACGUGUUCAAACCUCGUGGAAGUAUCGAAAAUUUGAACGAUGACAAGCUAUACACGGAGGAGAUUUCGUGCGGUCCUCUUUCAAACCGUUUGCUAUCAGCGCUCUUGAGUAUACCAGAAGGUAGAGCACAUCUAGAUGAUGAUACUGAAGCAAUGCUUUCUGACGAGGAAGUGGCAACGCAACUCGAUACAGGCGAUGACUACAAACUCACUACUGAAGCACCUGACUUUUAUUCUGUCGAAGAACGUCUCAAGAAAGAGUUGAAAUAUAUUGGUAUUUUCAUGAACCUUCCUACCACGCGUGAAGAAACCAAACUUAAGAUCAAUGGACGCACACUCAAAGGUAGUAACACCGGAAGUAUUUUGGAUACUGACGAGUGGAUACUAAGCAAAGAAGAUGACGAAGUAUGUGCUGAAUUGAGAACAUUACAAAAAGACUUGAAAGAAGCCUCCACUCGAAAUAAAAGUAACAAGAAGAAGCUUAUCCCCAUCAUAGAGGAACAAUUAGCAUGGCAGGAGUACUGUACGAUUUUGGAGGAUUUGGACAAGCAGGUAGACCAAGCUUAUAUGAAGAGGCUUAAAGCUAAAAACAAAAAGAAGAAAACAGAGGUGACUACUACUCCGCAACAACAAGCCGUCAAUAGCGGAUUGAAGGCUUUGCUAUCCAAGCGUAAGAGAUGGAUAGAGAACAUUGGAAGAUUGUUCAAGUCUCCAGAAUUAAUGAUGAGGGUUCCAAGUGAAUCUGUGUUGAACGGCGGUGUUGUGGAUGAAGGAGAUGAGGAAGAUGAGGAAGAAGAAGAGGAGUGA